GCUUAUUUAGACGAUAACAUUAUUUUGCGGCAUAAAAACAACGGGGCAAGGAGCAGCGAACUUUCCUCAGUGCCGGGGCCCCUUCUUCUCUUCUGGCCGUUUCUCCCUCUCUGUCCCAACUGCGAGAGAGAAGGACGUCACCUGCCAUGGCCCACCGAGUGAGAAGCAGGACUGCUGAGUCAGCAGAGAACAAGAAAACAAAGGUCACGCCUCGAAGAUUGACGGAGAAGAUUGCAAUAAUGAGACGAAGAGAACACGAGCAGUCGGAGGCCUUCCAGAAAGCCAUGAAGAGUAUCUUUGAGAUGCAGCAGGCUCAGCAGGCCCGAGCUAACACCAGUAUCCACAGCGGAGGGGGCUCCAUGCCGUCUCUGGUGGCCAUCGACUCCAACCCAGUCCCUCCUUCCAUUGACAUGCAGAGUGUGUUCAACGAUCUGAAUGAGGUAACAAUGAGGUCGUCUCUCUCCUCCACCACUUCCAGAGAGAGACCGCACAGCGGAGGGCCCACUGGCAGGAGGUCCCAGUUCGACAAGAGAACUCAAUCCAUAUCCUCUCACAUUAUGUACCCUUCUCUCUGCCCUCUCGUCUUCUCCCCUCUCUCUCCUUCCUUAGUCCUACUCUCCUCCUUAUGUGUGUCCUUCUUUCGCCUCUUUCUUCUUUGUCCCCCUCUCUCCCUUCCUCUUCCUAUGCCUCCCUUACUGACUACGUAUCUCUUCUCUCAGUCUCUCCUCUUCCUCUUCCUUACCUGGCAUGCCUCUUCUCUCUUGUCUAUUGUAUAUGAAUGCCAUAUAGCCAGGAAAGUUUACCGUUUAGAAGUGCUGUUGUCCACGAAAAUAUUCUCUGAAAAUUUUGUAGUCUGGGAUAUAUUUAUUGCAGGACUAUAGCCAUGUGCAAAAAAUUUCCCUUGAAAAUGUCGGUUUUUUAACAUAAAACUUUGCUCCCUCAACAGUUUCUCACUACACCAGUAUAACUUGACCUUUGUACUCUUGAAUAUUCUGAUAGUAUGUAUGUGUGUACCUUAACCACUGAGCACUGUGACACGGAUCCAUACCCAACCUUAAUUGGAACAGGGCACAUGGAACACCAGUAUCUCCACCAGCCAGCAGCAGACUGGAUGGAAGGAGACCUCUCCAGGCACAAGUCGGACUCUGACCUCCAGCAGAGUUUGUUGACUCAGCAGCCCGGACACCCAGGGAUGCUGAAUCAGCAGUUUUAUUCCCUGGUCCACCCCCAAAUCACCUCUGGCACAUGUCACACUCCGCCUCCUCCCUCCUCCUUCCUCAGCAACAAAUUGCACGCCACUCCAAAUGACCUUGGAGUGUGGGGCAAACAGAAGCGACCAGCCUCUAUCAGCACAGCUGCCUCACUACUUAGUCCAGAUGCUGCGGCACACAUCUACCAGAACACCCUUGCAGCCCCUGGGCCUGGCACUGCCUCCUCCUCUCUCCCCGACCUCACCAACAUAGAGUUCGAGUCAGGGCUCGAUGUUCCUCUAGAGAGAGAUGACCCUGCCCCCCAGGCCACGCCCCUUCUGCCACACCUACCUCUGCAACAGCAGCAGCAGCAGCAGGGACUGAUGUUCCCCUACCAGGCUCCGCCCACCCAGCAAGGGGGAUUCCCCGCCUCGAACCUACUCAUGAACAGCUUCCAGGCAAACCACCAGCUGCCACCCACUUCUUACAUCACCAGCCAUGCCUACUUCCCCCAGCCCCUCCUCCCCAGCGUCCCCAGUAUCCCACACUCCAAUCACCCCCUCCCGACCUCCCACUCCUUUAAUCACCAGCAACAAUUACUCCCUCACUACCUCCACCCGCUCAGCAAAAACAUCCCCGCACUCAAUCUUAACCCUAGUUCCAACUACAGACCCUCUCAUUUCAGCUCGUUAGGCCCUCCUUUUCACAUUCCUCUGUCCUGCUCUAGUGGCACCAUCAGAAAGGGGCCAACAGCUCAAACCUUUCAGAACAUUGCAACCUCUAGCAGCAGUGGUGGACAGGUCGGGACACCACCUCAGAGUAGAGCUGCGACUGGUUACCAGCCUCCUCACCCUCUCCUCCCAUCACUUCUCAACCCCACCACCACAAGUCGCCCGAAUCCCUACCAGGGGGCCACUCUCGGGGGGCCAAAUAUCCCCCCGGCGUUGCAGACAACAGCCAAGAGCAACAGUCUUCCUCCUCAGAUGAAUGUCGUGAUCCAGCCCCCCCGGCCUUCCCCCAGCAUUCUUUCCACAUCGACCCCCUCGCAACCCGUCCCCGGGCCUUUCUCUCCUCCUCACUCCUCACUGCAGGCACAAUCACCGCUCUCCAUCGUGCAAUCACCUCCCUCCCCCGGUACAUUGCCCCUGCCUAACAACACUAAUCGAGUUCCUCCCGCCCCUCUUGUUGCGGGAGGCGAACCCACCCACGUCAGAGCUCAGUUUCCCAUCUCUAGCAUUAGUUCUCUCCCGGCCACUCCUACCAUUACAAUCAGCCCGGGAUUCUCCGCUCUACCGAGCUACCUCGCUGCAAGACAACAGCAGGCCCUCCAGGAAAGGUUUGCUUCGUUUGGCAUGCACAAAACGGAGCACCUCAUUCGGUCGCACUCGGAGGAAAACCUACAGCAGAAAGUCCAGAAAGAGAGGGGUGACCUCAUGCACAACCCGUUCAUGGGUAACCUGGCUAAUGCUAACAGUGUUCCCUGUGUGUACGUUGAUUCCCCGAGCAAUGAGAACAUAGCGGAGAUUUGCGAUUCGCCCACUACUGGUGACAGUCCGUCCACAUCUGCUAGUUAUGCUUCGUCGCCGCCCUCUGUCCGUCCGUUCUGGAUCGACCAACAACAGGCCAACGAAUUUGUCUUCCACGGUCACGAGUGGCCCAUGAUGGACAGUGGUGGUGGUGGUGGUCCCACGACCGGUGGUACCACUGCCGCGACCGACAAGACCAAACCGGGCUCGCCCAUCAGUCACCACAAGUCUCUCACGGAUCUCAAUGCCCCUGUGGAGUUUGCAGAGCUGUCUCCACGGGCCAACCGCAGCGUCCAGCUCUCCCUCCCCUCCAUUGUGAUGAGUGAUCUGGCCAUGGACGAACAGGGCGACAAACUAAACAGCCCCGUGGUGUUCAGCGAGUACAACGUCGAGGAUGCUGUAAUGGACACUCUACUGAAACAAGAAGAGUUCUCAGGACUCCAAAACUUUGACAUGGGUUUCUUGACUUCUGAUAUUCUCAUGUCUGGGUCACCUGAUAGCAUGCUGCACAAAAACUUGCAGUUCUGAUACUCAGUGGUGACUUUUGUCGAGCAGACUUGGGGUGUGCAGGGUUAUUUUUACAGGAAAUUCAGUCUGUUUGCAAUCUGUUUUUGUGACUAUCAAUUUUCCCUCCUAUGCAACAUUAUGUACAAAUCCGUUUCUCAAAUGCACGCAUCUGUAUGUGCAUUGUCUUUUUGUUUCAUUUUGUUGUAAGUACGAAAGGUUUACAAAUAAUGCCCUCAAAGUGUUGCCUGCUGCGCAUGCAAUUGAUGCAAAGUUGCACAAAUUAUGCUUUUAACCAAAUGCAGUUUAACAAUAGUGCAAGCAAGGCCAAUUUGGAAAAUCAGCUUUUGUUUUCGUUGAGAUUGCAUAAUAUUAUCAGCAAGAUCGCUUAGCCCUC